ACGGAGUUCAGCGGAUAUCCUCAUAGACCAAUCAUAAUACAAAAUCCACACGGUAAAAUUCUUCGUGAUGUAGGCCUAUUACAGCCUAGAACGCGAAUAUUGCAAUAGAUAAUUUUGCAAAAGUCAGAAGAAUACACGUAAAGUUGCAAGUUCCUGUGCUAAUGCUGAGCAGUUAACAGGAAGGUACAAACAACUUUUUGAUACGGUGAGUCAGGAUGUAUCGUGGCAGACCUCCAUUCCGAGGUCCACCGCCGUCUCAUGGCCCGGAUCCCCGAGGUGCGCAUCCAAGUCAUGGGCACCCUGGACCAGACCGACCCUACUCCCGCCCGUCCUAUCGAGACGACAGAGACAGAGGUCGGAACGGAUAUAACAAUUAUCGCGACCAUCCAGACUCUUAUCACCGAUCUCCGCCGCACCGAAGGUAUUCGCCUGGGUCAGGAAGAGGACCUGCAGACGAUUGGGGUGGUGGGCCCCCUCCAAGAGAUCAUUACAAUCAGCGUCGCACACCGUCUCCUCCCCGUGGUGGUCUCCCAGUUGACCACAGUCUUGUUAUCACGGUGGGCAACGACCUGACAGCGCCUCCCGGCUCCCGUGGCCCCGACCCUUAUGUCAGAGAUUACCAUGCAGGGGAUCCCUUGUACAAGCCUCCGAGAGGCUCCAGCUACGAUCGGCCAGACGACCGGGGCGCGAGGCGGCGUAGCUCCAGUAGGGGGCGCAGCCGUUCUCCUGACCGAAGCCGAGCUCGCAGCCGCGUACAUAGUCGUAGCCGCUCUGCGGAUCGCAACCGAGGCCGCAGCAAGAGUCGAGCCCGCAGCAAGAGCCGAGCCCGCAGCAAGAGCCGUGCCCGCAGCAAGAGUCGAGCCCGCAGCAAGAGCCGCGUGCGCAGUAGGAGUCGGAGUCGGAGCAGAGGGCGCAGUCAAGCGCGCAGCCGAGCACAGAGCAGGGCACGCAGUCGAGCACGCAGCAAGAGCCGUCCCCUUAGCAGGAGUCGAUCUCGGAGCAGAGGCCGCAGCCACAGCCGGGGCAGAAGCCGGAGCAGGAGCCGGAGUCGAGGACGCAGUCGUGCUCGGAGCCGGGCGAGGACCAGGAGCCGCAGCAGGAGCAGGAGCAGCAGCGCUGGGUCUCACAGACGCAAGCCAGACGACUUCCAGGAGCUGGAGCGUGCGCGCAGACGCAAGGAGCUGGAGGACAUCAUGAACAUGCCCACCAAGUCCAUCCUGAAGAGACGCAUGGACUCCUCAGAGACCGACUCCCCCUUAGUUACGCAGAACUGUGAUUCUCCACGAGACCCGGACCACAUCCUGGCGGCCAUCACGUCGUCCGGUCUGGACCCCGCCCUGCUGAUGUCCGUGCUGGGGGAGCUGAAGGACGGCCCCCCUCUCGCCAACGCCGCCGCGUUCGAGGACAUGCUGACGCGGCUCCAGCCAGCAGGGGGCGACGGGUUUGCGGGCGAGUCGGGCGAUGGCGGCGGCGAGGGCCUGAACAAGCUGCUGGGCCUCCUGGAGGACAUGGCCAGCGCCAAGAGGGACGAGCGCCAGAAGACCCUUGCCGAGAUCGAGGACGAGGAGAAGUUCCUGUAUGGAGACGAAGAGGAAGAGGAUGCGAAGGCUCGUCUGACGGCGAUGGACAUGUUUGCGGAGAGCAGGCCUGAGCCUCCUCAGCCCUACGGGGCCCCAAACCCGGCCAUGGCGGCCCCCGUGUACCUGCAGAGCCGCAGUGAGGUCCUGGCGUCUCCGCCCUCCGCUCCUCCUCCUCCUCCUCCUCCUCACGCGCUCCACAGCCACUCCCAGCCCCGCGAGUCCCGGCGCCUCCAGCACAGCCCGUCUCCGGAGAGAAGGGACCAAGAGCGGAGAGAGCGGGCGCUCCCGGAUGAGUACCCUCCGGGCGUGGGGCCGAACGACGCCAAGGACCGGCAGGAGGUGGAGGAGUACGAGAAGAUCCAGGACCUGCUGAAGACCAUCGGCCUGGACCUGGGAGUCACUGAGAUCAGCAAGAUGGCCACGCGCACCAAGGAGAGGCUGCAGGGCAGCAAGCCGCCCCCCCCCCCGCCGAGGUCGCCCGAGAGGUCGAAGAAAGACCGCCGGCACCAGAGGGGCUCGAGUCACAGCGGCAGCGGCAGCGGUAGCCGCAGCGGUAGCAGUAGCAGCAACAGCAGCAGCUCCAGCCGAAGCAGCAGGAGCUCCAGUCAAAGCUCAGGCAGCAGCAGGAAUAGUAACAGCUGGAGCCGCCGGCACAGGCCAGAACGCACCCCUCCGUCGGAACGUCGCACUUCCCACGGCCGCUCCCAGGGCCGCAAGUCUCCGGCGCCGAAAGAGGAGCGCAGCCGUGGACGCCCCACCCCCGCUCCAGCCAAGAGCGCCACCUCCAGUCAGGCCCCGGAAACGCAGGCCCCACCGCCGCCUCCUCCUCAGGCCAUCCCGCGCCUCGGAGUGCACCAGGCCCACCCGGUGCCCGUCUACCCGCCCACACAAGCCCAUGCCAUGCCCCAUCCCAACUACCCCCCUCCGGGGUACGACCAGUACGGCAACUACGUGCCCUACAUGGGGCAGGGCUGGCCCAUGUACCCCCCUCCCCCCCUGGGCCCUGGCAUGAUGCCACCCCAGGGGGCAUCACACGUGGAGUACAGCAGCCCCUACCUGAAGGUCAUCGAGACGGUGCCAGCUGACGGCAACGACGCCAAGAAACAGGAGAAAAAACCUCUGAAUAUGGGGAGACCAGAGAGAGCCCAUGAGAAGGACCCGUCCAAAGACUUGUACAGCCAGGAGAAGGUGGAGGAGCAGAAGGAGAAGGUUCUGGAGGAACGAGAGAAGCUGCGGAAGGACAGAGAGAGCCGUGUGAAGAAGAAGGAGUACCUCCUGAAGGAGCUGGAGCGACUGCGAAAGCAGCAAGGCGAGCUCCUGCGCAAGAAGAGGCGGGAGAAGGAUGGCCACAAGGACCCGCUGCUGAUGGAGCUGAGCCGGCUGCAGGAGGACGUCAUGGGCCAGAUCUCCAUGCUGCGCUGCUCCAACGACGAGACCGACAGGAAGCUGGCGGAGCUGGAGAAGGUGGCGCUCAUCCUGGGCCUGCGCGCCUCCGACCGGCCGCGCCGCGACCCCCGCGAACCCCGUGCCUCAGGGGACCCCGCUCCCCGGCCGGCCCCCGAGGACAAGCACCACGGCCGGGCACGCAGCCGCGAGAGGUCCCCCGCACACCAGCCCUCCACCUCCAGCGCCAGCGCCCCUGUCUCUAAGGCAUCUACGUCAACUUCGAGAGCAACUACGGAGACUCCAAAGGCUCAAUCGAGAGCAACUACGGAGACUCCGAAGGCUCAAGUCAGCACCCCUGCUCCCGUGAAAACUGUAGACCAAUAUGAGUACUAUGACGCGGGGAACCACUGGUGCAAAAAUUGUAACAUCACAUGCGGCGCCAUGUUUGAUUUUUUCACACACUUGCACAGCAAGUCACACAGAAAGUCUCAAGACCCCUAUGACAGACCCUGGGCCCCCGACACAUCCAGCGUCGAAAAGAAGAAACAAAGUGGCGUUGAGAAGAUCACUAAGCCAGCCAAAGGCUCUGAGUUUUUGAUGGCUGUGAGGGGAUUUUACUGCCAGCUGUGCAAGGAGUUCUUCGGAGACCCAAUCUGUGCUGAGGAGCAUGUGACUAGCCAUGCACAUAAUGAGAAAUACAAGCAACGGAUGUACGAGAAUCCACUGUAUGAACAGCGUCGAAACUUGGACCGCCAGGCCGGAAUGACCAUAAGCUCGGAGUCCAAACACGCGGAACAGAAGCGCAAACAGGAGGCAGAGCAUUCCCGCGAGGAGUUCCUGAAGCGCUCCAAACAUGGCAAGGAGGAGGAACAACGUCCAACCAAGCAGCAGAAAGAAGAGGAGACCCCGACUACGAAACCACGAUACGUACGCGAGGAGGUGAAGAAACCAGCGUACGAUCCUGAGGACGAGGACGGCAAGUUCAAGAACAGCCGCAGGGAACAGAAAGAGGAGAAACCCAGAUACAGUAAGAGGGAGGAAGAGGAGGAUAGGCCCAAAUAUGGGCGCAUGGAGGAAGAGGAGGACAGGCCCAAAUAUGGGCGGAGGGAGGAAGAGGAAGAUAGGCCCAAAUAUGGGCGUAUGGAGGAAGAGGAGGACAGACCAAAAUACAGCAGAAGAGAGGAGGAAGAGGUGCGGCCCAAGUACAUGAAGAAAGAGAAGGAGGAAGAGGAGAGGAAAUCCAAAUACAGCAAAAAGGAGGAGGGUGAAGGGCGGUCCAAGUACAGCCAGAGAGACGAGGAAGAGACGCGGUCCAAGUACAGCAGACGUGCGGAGGACGACAGCAGCAGAGGCAAACACAGCAAGCAGCAGCAGGACGAGGAGCAGCAGCGGAACCGGUACGCCCGCGAGGAAGACGAGCGAGCCUCGUACGGCAAAGCAGACGACCGGGGGAAGUACGGGCGCGCCGCCGAGAAAAGGCCCCGGCACAGCCAGGAGGAGCCGGAGCGGAAGCCCAAGUACGGAAAGUGGGAGGACGAAGAGGACGAGGUGAAACCCAAGUGGACGAGAGAGGAGCGAGCGCCAGCUCCGAGGAAAGAGAGGGGUUACAGGAACAAACCGGAAAAGGGCGGGAAAAAAGAGGAAAAGCCAGAGGUCCUGGAAAAACCAGUAGAACCUCCGAAAGUGAUGUGCGGUCCGAGUCCUGCCAUGCUGGCGAAACUGCGCAAGAAGAACGAGGAGGCCAACAAAGGAGGCACAUUCGGGAAGUUCACCUGGAAGAAGCCGCAGAAGUCCAAGCUGGAGAAGGAGGCCGAGCGAAUGGCGGCUCAGUUCAUCAAGGAGGAUGAGGAGGCGGCGAAGGCGGCCGAGCAGGUUAUGCUGAUGGAGCCUGGCGCUGUAGUUGGUGGUGCUGGAGACGCAGAAGAUGGUGAAGAUGCGUUUGCCAGGUCGUUAGCCGCUGCCAAGACAAUUGCCAUCAAGCUGGCUGGGAAGACGGUCCUCCCCACUCCCGCUCCGUGGCAGUCCUUUGGCGUGUCCCCGUCUGCCAUGGUGCUCCGCAAGUCGGCCGCCAACAACCCCUCGCCCGUGAACCCGGCUCUGGCAAUGAAGCCAGUCUCGGUCACCCCGGUCAAAGCACCGACUCCCACUCCCGCCAAAGAGGAAAAGAAGGAUGCCGUGCUGUCCGCAGACGUGAUCUCCAAAGCGUUUGGCGGACAGGAGGUCCAGCUGCCGCCCAUCCACUCAACCCCUCCAGCCACCUCAGACCUCCAGCCUGCCGUCGUUGCUGCACAGCAGAGCGCACCUGCUACAGCAGAACCAGCUCUGGCGCCAGAGCCACAACCAGGAGUGUGUGUGAUGCGCAUGGAGGCGGACGUGGCAGUGCCUGGCGUGUCCGAGUGCGAGCAGGCUCAGGCGGUGGUAGUGUGCCCCCCUCCCAUGCUUCAGAAGCCACCUACCAACAAGAACCCUCCCAGAUCCGUGAAGCCCAAGUCCAGCCUGGCAGCAGCCAAAGCUCAGGACCUCUUUGAUAUCUUCUACAGUGGAGGGUCACCCUUCGGCACCCCGACCUCCAGCACUGCCCCGAAACCAGCCCAGGUCUGCCCCAAAGCUGAUGCAAAGGAUGCCAAGAGUGUGGGCAUCUCUCAGAGCAGUCUGGGGCCGUCUGUAUCCAUGAAGAUGGAGAAACAUACUCCAGUGGUCGUCAUGGAGACUGUCCGUAUGGAGACAGAGGAACCUAUACAGGAAGCCGACAUGGACCCUGUCCAAUCAGAGGCAGUUGCUCCAGUCCAGGAAGUAGUCAUGGACCCUGUCCAUUCAGAGACAGUUGCUCCAUACCAGAAAGUAGUCAUGGACCCUGUCCAUUCAGAGACAGUUGCUCCAUACCAGAAAGUAGCCAUGGACCCUGUCCAUUCAGAGACAGUUGCUCCAGUCAAGGAAGUAGUCAUGGACCCUGUCCAUUCAGAGACAGUUGCUCCAUACCAGGAAGUAACCAUGGACCCUGUCCAUUCAGAGAUAGUUGCUCCAGUCAAGGAAGUAGCCAUGGACCCUGUCCAUUCAGAGACAGUUGCUCCAGUCCAGGAAGUAGCCUUGGACCCUGUCCAAUCAGAGACAGUAGCUCCAGUCCAGGAAGUUACCCUGGACCCUGUCCAAUCAGACACCUUGUCUCCUAUCCAGGAAGUUACAAUGGACCUUAUCCAAUCAGAGACAGUUUCUCCUAUCCAGGAAGUAUCCAUGGACCAUAUCCAGUCAAAAGCUGUUGCUCUGAUGCAGGAAGUGGCUAUGGACCCUGUCCAGUCAGAGACUGUGGACCCUGUCCAAUCAGAGACAGUGGAGUCUGUCCAAUCGGAGGCAGAUGAUCCUAUCCAGCUGGUUGUCAUUGACUCUGUCCAAUUGGAGCCAGAGGACCCUAUCCAGUUAAAGACAGGACACCCUCUCCCAGCAGUCGUCAUGGAACCUAUCCAGUUGGAUUCUGAUUCUGACGACUCCAUCCCACACGCAGUCAUGGAUGCUGUCCACUCUGAGAUAGACAACCCUAUUGUCAUAGAGACGGUUAGUCUGGAGCCAGACGACCCCAGUGCGGAGGACGCCAUGGCGAUAAUCCUGGGCUCCGAUAGCCCGCCUCCUGGCUCCUUCACCGAGCAGAUCAACCUUGACACCUUUGAGUUCAACUUUGAGCCACCAGAAUAAGACCUCCGCUUAAUGGAAAAGCUCUCAAGUGUCUCCACUGCUUUGAUUUUAAAGGAUGGUGAACUUUGUAAAAUACUUGUUUAAAAAAAAAGUGUUUAGUUUUCUUUUUCCCUCUAGCUGGAAUGUGUGAGCUUGAUCAGCUGAAAUUAAGACUUUGUUAAAGGGGGGAGUCUCCCCACAAUGGUACUCGGCUUCCCAAGUUAGAUCUCUUGAUGGACGAUGGACCUUCUAAUUCUAUGACGAGUGCCAGUUUCUCUCUGCACAUGUCCUUUAGCCAGCUGACGUGGUCUGCAUUAGUCCACCGUGUUCUGUGUAAACUGCCGAAAUGUCUGUUUAAAUUUGACCUGAAGGUAAUGUGGAAUAUUAUUUAAACAUUAUCCUUUACUGAUGUUUCACAUGUGUAUGCAUAUUCAGGCUCUACAGCUAAAGAGUGUUCUUUUUUUUCAUUCCUGCUGAGAUGAUUGAGAGACGUUCUUAAAUACAGGUGCAAGGAACUCCCACGUUCCGAAGAGAACAAGGUAUGGCAAGCUGAUGAUGUCACAAGGACCAAAUGCCAUGGUUACGAUCUGAUCGUUCAUCUGCAUCAUAAAGAAUCUGUUUCUUUCUUUACAGCGAUGUCUGGAUGCAAGGAUGGGACUGUAAUAGCCAUUUGGUUUCUGUUGAUGUUUUUGUAAAGAUUUUUGAUUUGAAGCCUGGUUCAGUUUCUCUGCCGGUGUUUAGAAUGUUUAUUGCCACAUAUAAUCAAACGUCCUGCUUAAACUGUACCUGUUGUUGGAAAAUGCUAUUCAAAUAAACACUUCAGACCACA